AUGGAUACGUUAUUAACUGCGGACAUCGUCGCCAAUUCCCCGCGGUUCCGGCGGAAGUCAUCCACAUUUGUGGAUGCGAUCCAUGACUUGCCCGAGAAGGCCGAUCUAGCCCCCGCGCAGCUCUACAGCACCGAGUCCGGCCGACUCUUCCACUCCGGUCGGAUUGUCAUCAUCACUGUAGGACUACCAGCAAGAGGCAAGACACAUAUCUCCGUGGCUCUGGCGCGUUACCUUCGAUGGCUGGGCGUGAAGACAAGAAUAUUUCAUCUAGGAGAUUAUCGGCGUGCUACUAUCCCUUACGGUCAAGACAUUCCCGAUGAUUACUUCUUCGUCAACGCAUCGGCAUCUUCGGUCCUUUUAAGACAGAAGAUUGUGAAGAGAUGCCGUGAGGAUAUAUAUCAUUUUUUGAAUCACGAGAAUGGGCAGAUAGCUAUCUAUGAUGCUGUCAAUCCCAUCGCUUCGGGACGACGGUCACUCGCAAAGGAGUUUGCCAAGCAUGAUAUAGAAACACUGUUCAUUGAGUCAUGGUGUGAUGACGAACGCAUUAUUGAGGAGAAUGUCCGGAGGGUCAAGAUAUCUUCACCAGACUACGUAGGGUGGUCUUCGGAAGACGCAGUCAAACAUUAUUUGACCAGAAUAGCCGCCCGUAUUCCUCAGUUCCAAACAAUGGAAGAGACGGACCUCAAUUACAUCAAGAUGAUGAACGCAGGCGAACGAUUGAUCGUAAACAACCGAAGUUUUGGCUAUCUUUCUAAUCGCAUUGUCUUCUACCUCCUUAACCUCCAUAUCAAGUCUAGGCAUACGUACUUCGCCAGGGCCGGCGUUUCACUGGAAGCGCCCUCUUACAAAACAGAUGCCUCUUUGUCUGAGCAAGGGGAGGAUUACGCGAAGAAAAUGACCGAAUGUCUGCUGCAGCACAGGGAAGCUGAAAGACAGGCUAUGACCGAACAGGGCGAGAAAGAUUAUGAGUUGAAGCCGUUGACAGUAUGGACAUCUACACGACGGAGGACUGUUGAGACCGCCAAGUAUCUCCAUGAAACAGGAUACAAAGUUCGGCAGCGAUCCCAGAUGAGCCAGCUGAACCCCGGGGUAUGCGAGAAGAUGUCAGAAAGGCGAAUCCGUGAGGAGUAUCCAGACGAGGUGGCCAAGCAUGAGCUUGACCCCUAUCAUCAUCGGUACCCGCGAGCAGAAUCAUAUCAUGACCUUGCGGUGCGACUUGAGCCGAUUAUCCUGGAGCUCGAACGCGAACAGAACGAUCUCUUGAUUAUUGCGCACGAGAGCGUAUUAAGGGUUCUUUAUGGUUAUCUGAUGGCAUGCAAUGCAGCCGAUAUCCCAUUCUUGGAAUUUCCACGGGACGAAAUAAUUGAAAUAAUACCCGAAAGCUAUCAGAACGAGGCACGCAGAAUCCACAUUCCUGGUCUUCCCAAAGAGAUCAUCCCCGGCUCGCCCGAAGACAUCAAGAUUCCCGUCCCGCCGAGUGGGAUGACGACCCCACUGGCUGGGGGACUUGGAAGUCCAAAGGAAGGCCUUGCAACGCCGCAGAGCGGCCUCCGGACCCCGCGGGAGCCCGAGAGGAUCUCACAGCAGCACCUUUGCCCACCGCAGGGGAGCCGGGAGGCCGGGGGGGCGAUUCCCGCUCUUAUCGAUAAGCCGCCAGUCGCAGGCACAAAAAGUCAGCCGUGCGAACCAUUCGACAGCCAGUACCAGUUGGCGACGACCAGUCCACCCCGCACUUGCUUAAUUCUUGAGUCCCGACUGACGAGCUUCAUGGUCUCCAUUACCUCCGAGUACAUCAGCGUCGGGGGCAAUAGGCAUCCCGCCGCCGCCGACUGGGACGUCGAGUUGGGCGUGCUUGCCUUUGGUGCAGAUAACAAUGUUGCCUUAUGGGAUCCUAGGGACAGUUCACAGCGCGGGGUCUAUUCGCUUCUUGUCGGCCACACUGAUAAGGUCAGUGUCGUUCGCUUCUACACAUGUCCUUUUUCGGGAACGAAACUCCUCUUGACGGGGUCUGUCGAUCAUACGGUCCGGUUAUGGCGCGCCGAACCAGCCAAUCCACACCAUUUCGUCCACGCGCAUACUCUGGAAGGACAUACUGGCUCAGUCAAUACGAUCGCCGUGGCUGAUGGGCUGGAUCUUAUCGCAUCGGGCGCGGCAGAUGCUACCGGUGAGCCAAAGGGCGAACAGCUGAGGACUAUACCCAUGAAGCCACGCUUUUUUCCAUUGACUUUGGCUUUGGCACCACUUCAAACGGAGUCGAACGACAGGCCUGUGGCAUUGGCAGUUGCAGGGACCACCAACGCUGUGCAAGUGUAUGUGGCGGAAAACGCUACAGCCGACCCUGAUUUCAAGCUCUCCGCUGUGUUGUCCGGACACGAGGCUUGGCAAAGCAAGACUGGCGAUCUGCUAUUGGCCUCUGCUAGUCAGGACAAGUAUGUUCGACUCUGGCGACUCCAACGAGGGGAGGUUGUCCCUGCCACACCAGCGUGCGGGUUCGAACCGACGCUAUCAAACAAGGCCCAUCAGUUUGAGGCUGCGGGGUCCAAAUACUCUGUCACAUUCGAAGCUCUCCUGUUCGGAAAUGAGGAUUGGGUCUACACUACUGCAUGGAAUCCUGAUCCAGAGCGCCAACAACUCCUCACAGCUUCAGCAGACAACACUCUGACCAUCUGGGAACAAGAUCCGGUUUCGGGGGUGUGGCUUUCGGGUGAGCGAAUGGGAGAGAUCAGUGUCCAAAAAGGUUCCACCACAGCUACGGGGAGCACUGGUGGGUUCUGGAUAGGUCUGUGGUCUCCAGACGGCAAGCAGGCUGUGAGUCUGGGCCGCACUGGGAGCUGGCGCUCGUGGACGUAUGAUGCAGAAACCGAUAUGUGGGCGCAAUCACUGGGUAUUACGGGACAUGUGCGAUCAGCCAACGGAGUCCAAUGGGAGCCAACAGGAGGAUAUCUCCUGUCAACAAGUGCUGAUCAAACGACACGCCUCCAUGCUCAGUGGGUGCGCGAUGGACUGAAGUCAUGGCACGAGUUUUCACGACCUCAGAUUCAUGGUUACGAUUUAAACUGCGUGGACACUUUGGGACCGGCCCGUUUCGUAUCCGGCGCGGACGAGAAGCUUUUGCGAGUAUUCAAUGAACCCGGACCGAUCGUACAGCUCCUGGAACAACUCUCAGGGUUCAAGCAGUCCACCGAAGGAGCACUGCCGGACACCGCGCAGAUUCCUGUCCUAGGAUUAUCCAACCAGGCUCCUGCGGAUGAUGCUCCUGCAGGCGGAGACGGAGCAGAGGGCGAAGAAGUUGGCAAAGCCCAGGCAAACCAGGCGCUUUUGUUAGAGGCAAACCAGCCGCCAUUGGAGGAUCAGCUGGCUCGUCACACAUUAUGGCCGGAGCAUGAAAAGUUAUACGGGCACGGAUACGAAAUAUCAGCUGUGGCUGUCAGUCAUGACCGCACACUUAUUGCCACUGCUUGCAAGGCGAGUUCGAUUGACCAUGCAGUGGUGCGUUUGUACGACACAUCGGACUGGCAUGAAAUUCGACCAUCUCUCGCCGCGCACACGUUGACCAUCACUGGUCUCAAAUUCUCCAGCGACGACCGCUACCUUCUCAGCGUUGGGCGUGACCGGCAAUGGGCCGUUUACGAGCGCAGCAAGCAGCACAUCUCUACAUUCUCACUCUUGACUUCGAACCCUAAGGGCCACUCCCGGAUGAUUCUUGAUGCCGCAUGGGCGCCUGAGUCGGGAACAUCCAUCUUCGCAACCGCUGGCCGGGACAAGUCAGUGAAACUAUGGCGAAAGAAUGAAAGUUCGUUCGAGUGCAAGUCCACCAUUCCGCUGAAAACGCCCGUCACCGCCAUCGGGUUCCUUUCGAACGUUUACAAGGGCUACUUCAUCCUCGCUGCGGGUGAAGAAAGUGGGGAAUUGUCUGUCUACCGGAUUGCCGUCGAGAGUCUGGAGGCAAUUCAUCUGUCGAACGUCGACAAACUUGUAUCGCCUUCGAAGACGAUCACGCAGCUAUCCUGGCGGCCGACACCCGAAGAAGAGACAGGUGGUUUUGCGCUUGCUGUGGCAAGUGAGGACACCUCAACCCGCAUAUAUAGCUUCUCGGAUAUGGGUUUAUAA